UCCAGUACACUGAAGACUGACCAUUUCAAAGCCUCAUCAAGCGCAGGGGAAUCAAAGAAAGCACCAUGUCCUCACGGCCAAUCAGAAUCACCACUGUGGAUCAAACUAACAGUGUCAAAGGUGGGAGUCAUCAUGACUCCAGAAGAACCAGCACAACUCUGGACCUGGUUAGUGGUUUCUGUGAGCAAAACUACAACACUGAUGCAGACUUUUCUUCAUCCAAAUCCUGGGAGAGAGAACUAAUCCCUACAAAGACCAUCGAGACCAGACGUGGAGAAAUAUCUUCACCGUUUGGGAGUAUACUGAGGGUACCUCUCCUCCUACUCCUUUUGUACGGCUUUGUGUGUUCUUUGGACAUCCUGAGCUCUGCUUUUCAGUUGGCUGGGGGAAAAGUGGCUGGAGAUAUUUUUCAGGACAAUGUAAUCUUGUCGAACCCAGUGGCAGGGCUCAUGGUGGGGAUACUUGUGACGGUUCUGGUCCAGAGCUCCAGUACAUCUACAUCCAUCAUAGUCAGCAUGGUUUCUUCUGGAUUGCUCGAAGUGAAGUCUGCGGUCCCCAUCAUUAUGGGCUCCAACAUCGGCACAUCAGUCACCAACACCAUAGUUGCCCUGAUGCAAGCAGGAGAGAGGAACGAAUUUAAACGGGCGUUUGCCGGCGCGACGGUUCACGACUGUUUUAACUGGCUGUCAGUGCUGGUGCUGCUGCCUCUGGAGGUGGCGUCAGGUGUGUUGAGUUACCUGGCCAGAGUCACUAUCAGCAGCUUUCAAUUGCAUAGUGGAGACGAGGCCCCUGAACUCCUGAAGACCAUCACCGAACCCUUCACUAAACUCAUCAUACAGCUGGAUAAAUCGGUAAUAACGGGCAUCGCCCUGGGUGAUGAGUCCAUGAGGAAUCACAGCCUAGUGAAAGUCUGGUGCAAGUCCAGCAUCUUUGUGUCCUCAGUGAAUGUGACAGCAACUGCCACCCAGAACUGCUCGACUGAAGUGCAUUGUGUGAAAGAAGGGGAUCUGACCUGGAUCACUCAGAAUAUCACCUCACAUAUAAACACAGAAAAAUGCAGGCAUCUGUUUGUGGAGUCUGCUAUGUCAGAUCUGGUCAUCGGGCUCAUUUUAUUGGCCAGCUCGCUGAUGGUACUGUGCACCUGUCUGCUGCUGAUCGUCAAAGUCCUGAACUCUAUCCUCAAAGGACAAGUUGCAAAUGUCAUUGAAAGGGUCAUCAACACGGAUUUCCCAUACCCACUUGGCUGGCUCUCUGGAUAUCUAGCCAUGAUAAUGGGGGCCGGCAUGACCUUUAUCAUCCAGAGCAGUUCUGUUUUCACAUCUGCUAUGACUCCACUCAUUGGCAUUGGCGUGAUCAGUCUGAACAGGGCCUACCCUUUGACCUUGGGCUCCAACAUUGGGACAACCACCACGGCCAUCCUCGCCGCUCUUGCCAGCCCCAAAGAGAAGCUUCCUGCUGCGUGCCAGAUUGCCUUGUGCCAUUUUUACUUCAAUAUUUUUGGGAUUUUGAUGUGGUAUCCAAUCCCCUUCACUCGUCUGCCCAUCCGCAUGGCAACUGCGCUGGGUGAACGCACAGCAAAGUACCGUUGGUUUGCUGUACUUUACCUGCUGGUCUGUUUCCUGCUGUUGCCUUCUCUUGUGUUUGGCAUCUCGCUGGCUGGUUGGCAGGCAAUGGUUGGCGUUGGAGCGCCAUUUGUUGCUGUCACAAUCUUCAUUCUCCUGGUCAACCUUCUGCAGUCGCGCAGUCCCACACACCUGCCGAAAACUCUGCGCAGCUGGGAUUUCCUCCCACAGUGGAUGCACUCUCUCAAACCCCUUGACAAACUCAUUACUAGAACAACAGCUUUGUGCUGCAGCCCGGCUCGCAUUAAUGUCAGUGCCCUCGACCCUGAUGUAGUCGUAAUAACACCAAACCCAAUAAACAUCCAGACUGAAUCAUCAAUUUCCACCAAGCAAAACGAACAAGGGUAUGACAACCCUGCCCUGUCCUUACCUGAGGAAAUAUCCUCAGAACCAAGAGUGUUCAGACUUAGAGGACUAGAAAGAUGCAAUAGCACACCGCUAUAGAAGGAUUGGAGUCUUUCGAAAUGAACCAUCACGGCUUUUAAUUUGACUAAAGUCUACUUUUAGUGGCCAGAUUUAAGCUCUGAUCCGAAAACCUAGUGAGCUGUCUACAUAGGCAACAUUUUAAGCAACCUGGUCUCAAUUAAUCUCGUUACUAUACAUUUAUUCAAUAUGAUUUUAUGUGGCUCAUUGUACAUAUCGCAGCACUUUCCUGGUGAAAUGAACACGAGAGAUGUUACAACAAUGAAUUUUAUUCAAUUUCGUACAAAUAUAAUUUCAGUCAUGACAACUCUUGGAAAGGUUUAGCAUCUUAAUGUGGGUAUGACAUAUUGAUAGGAUAUUGAUAUUGGCUACUGCUGCUACAGAGCAAGUACGGAGACUUAGAAAUUACACAUACAAACUGAGGUAGCCUGUUGAAAUUAUGCUGCACUGUUGGACAAAAUGCAAGACAUGCUGCGCACAAAUAGACAUUACCAUCAAUCCCAAUGUUGUAGAUCUAGACGAGUGGAGCUGGGGGUGGAGGUGGGUUUCAGAGAAAAACUCUAGCAGCGUGCUGCAGUGAAACCGGCUACAUUUACAUAUCGAAGAAUCAAUCAGCUUACACCAUGCAAGCCAAUUAUCCUAACAUGUCUCAUGUGAGUGAGCCAAUUGGAUAACUGAUAACAAGAUCAGCUUGCACCACUUUGCAUGGCUGAUCUUUGGUCAUUUCAUAAACACUUACUUUUCGCCCACUUCCUCGCACAGUGCUAUCUUAUGGCAUCAACACAUUUACUAUAAUGCAUGACUUGUAAGAAUGCUUGCAUUGCAUAUCCAACUACAUUUACAUACAAGCUUGUUCAAGUGCGAUCAAAUUGCGCGGUAGCUCAACUGAUAGAACGAUGGGGUAUGAGUCCUAAAGAGCACGCAAUUCGACACGUUAGUCAAAAGAGUCAUAGAAGCACCACAAAAGGAUGUUUUGCAGAUUUAAAACUCCAUUGAACAGUAACCUUGAAAGUCUCAUCUGUUUGGGUAAUAAAUUGAACUCGCUUUUAGCGCCACACAGUGGACAUUUCACCUCUAUACUGCCGUGAUAUUUUUAAGGAACCACCUGAUAUCAUGUUGCAAAUUAUUGCCACAGUCGAAUCAUUUUAUGAGGUCAGGCUGAUUUAAAUGCAUCCACUUUCGAUGCAAAGGUUGUUUGAACAGGUUGGCAGCAUGUUUGUGGUGCCCAUUUGGCCAAACUCUAAAGGCAGCACCGUAUGCACAGUAUAUUUCAGAGAGAAGCCAAUCCAAAAAUGUUAUUAUGGCAAGCUCAGUGAAAAUAAAAUGACUAUUAAUAUAUGCAUACAUUUCAUUACAUACUGAAAAGUAUCAAUAAAACUAGUUCAAUCUAAUAAAAAUCAUCUGUUUCACCCAACAUUUAUGUGUGGUAGAUAUUUUUAGGAUUCACGUUAGCAGCAGACUACUGCUAAUCUCCUGCGUGCUGUGUGUGAGGAGCGUUAUUUAACCUGGUCUCAUAAGAAGUCGUAUUAAUAGCAGUGAAAUCGUAAGAAAUCUCGGCUCGUACCAAAACGUCCGACUGUUACACCCACAGAGAAAAAUAAAUGAACUAUUAAACUACGAUUUUUCCUACAUUUAACCCCUAAUCAAAACUAACCAUGAUUUUGCAUUUGAAAAUUUGCACAAUAAAUUUGUACAAAUCAUUACGAGUUGGUGCUAUUUGUAUGACGUAUGGGCCUAUAGUAUGUAGCAUGUUUUAUAUCAGUCACUUAUGAUGAUCUGUUUGUUAGUUAGGGUGCCGCCUGUGUAGGAAAUAGACAGCAAGCAGCUCACUAGGUUUUGGAACAGAGCCAUAAUGUUAACUAAGGUGCUUAUUCAGAUUUAAAAUACACAUAUUUCAGCAAAAUCAAUCUAAUUUUAUUCAUUACACAAUAUUCUCAUUAUUAGUUCAGAGAAUUAAAUGAAGUUUUCAUAGCGUCUCUCAUAGCAUCUCUGUGUAAUCUCAGAGGGUUUUAAAUGCAUUGCAUAUGUAUUAUUUUGUCCUGCAGCCAUGUUACAAUGUUUAUUAUCAAUAGCACUGUGUAGAUCCCACUGAAGCAGUGUGCUUCACCAGAAGGUGUCUGUAUGGCGCAAACAUAAUAACUCAGGGCUAUCCCAGCAUGCCUUAUGUUUUCAAAUUUACAGAUAUUAAAAACCAAAUAGCUUUGUUUUAUUAUCGCACCAAACUUCCCUUAUUCCCAAUGUGAGAUCAGACCAGAUGGUUUCAUGUAAAAACAUUAGAUUUGCAUGAAACUUUCUUCAAUGUUUUGUAUUAAAACUUAAGCAUAAGUAGAAAAAUAUGCACUGUACCUUCAAGACAUUUUGUAAGAAAAUAUAAUGUUUAUAUAUAUGGAUUAAACAGCAAUAAAUCUGCAUGCUUCCCAAAGGGAUAUUGUAAUAGUUUAAGAAAAUAUCAAAACAAACAGAUGCGCAAAAGCUCUGUUUCUCUCUUUUCCACACAGCUUUGGUUAAUGUGGCUUGUCUGCAGCUAUAGUUUAUCAAAAUAACCAUUGUAACUGGCUAAAACAAUCAAUUUCAUUAAGUGAAUUAAUCGUGCAUGCUGAGUUCAUUAAACAGACUUAGACACAAACACAAUAAUCGACUCAAAGUGAACUAAUAAGCCAUCUUACAGUGUUAAAGAAAAUAAACUACAAAUGAAAAUGCAAAAGCCUUUGG